AUGCCGCUCAAUGCGCGAACCCUAUUACGUGCCGCAAGGCUACCAUCCGUCAUACCUCGACAACCUCAAAUACACCGCGCCUUUCUCUCGACCGGCGGCAAGUUACCUGGGGGCACCCCCGGGGAGGCUUCCGAACAAGCAGUCCCGUUGGGGCCUUAUUACGAGUCGAUCCUCAUAAAGCCGACGCCUCUCCCCGACCCGAAACCAGAAGAACCGCCCACCUCCUCGCCGAAAUCGCCGCGAACCACCGUCAAGAAGACGCCAGCAGCCAAGAAACCCAAGGACACCGCCGACGACGGUGCCAAAGCUGCGUCUUCCUCUGCCGAAACAUCCUCUCCCGAACCCUCGACGACUCCCGCGAGCGCCCAGGAGAAGGCUCGCAUUAUCUUUGGUUCCCGCCUGGCCGGGCCCGCCGAACGCGCCGAACGACUCGAUGCCAUCCGCAAUCGCAGCACCAUCGUUGCCGGCGUGCUGGUGCCGCCGCGGCCCGAGGAGCCGGACAACUGCUGCAUGAGCGGGUGUGUCAACUGCGUGUGGGAUCGCUAUCGCGACGACAUGGAGGGUUUCGUCGCGGCGUCCACCAAGGCGGAGAGGGCCAUGCAGGCGCAGCGGUCGCAGGGACCCGUCGGUGUUCUGGGAAGCGUGAGCGCCGUCAAGGGCAUGCCGGGCCCCGGCGCUGCUAGCAUGGACGAGGAUGGCGGAGGCAGCGAGACGAAUUGGCAGGCCGACAUGAAGAGGGCUGAUCGACCCAAGAUUGUCAAGGACCUGUGGGACGACGACCUCUACAAAAACGUGCCUGUGGGCAUCCGGGAGUUCAUGAAGCAAGAGAAGAGGCUCAAGGAAAAGCAUGCGAGGGAUGGCACCUUCGGCGCUUAG